CUGUUGUGUCCGGGGAGUGUGCUGCGCCAACAACCCCGCCAUGAGAGUCCUCAAACCCCCACACUGCUAAGGAUUGUGGUCGGGACAUACUGCACAAGAAUGGAGUUGCAAUGUGGCAGUGUCAACGACCAGAAAACGUCCAUGAAGAAAGGUAUGGUUCUGGAUGUUGCAAGACGGCAAGAAUAGUAGGCCGUGGAGGUGAUGGCGAGCGCGGGCUGAGGGGGGGACGCUCCUAGAUGGCGCAGGUAGACAGAGGGCGCGCCCGCCUGCCUCCUCCUCCUCCGCCACCCCGCCCGCGCGAUGGACGGUCGCCAUGCACACGCUCACGCCACGGCAGGACCAAAACCACUCGUCUUCGCCAAGAUGGAGGCGCUGGUGAGAGAGAUGCAGGACCCGGAGACUGGGGUGCCCAUUCGAAGCCAGAAAUGGUUUCUCACUUCCAUCCCGUCUUCUUUCAUGGGAUACGAUCUCAUCGAGUGGUUGAUGGAGCGCCUGGAGAUCGAAGACUCAGCCGAGGCCAUCCACCUGGCCAACCUGCUGUGUCAGUACGGGUACUUCUUCCCGGUCGGCGAGUCCCGCUCCCUCAUCGUCAAGGAUGACUCCUCACUCUACAGGUUCCAGUUGAGCCAGACGGCGUCCUCAAGCUCGUCGUGCCUGUCGAACCGUCGAGACUCGUCGGUCGGAGCCACUCGCGCCAGCGUCACCUCACUCGAUUACCCAUCUGGCGACAAUCAGAGGCCGACUGCGGGAAACUGCGUCGUCGUCAUCGUCAUUUCCUUCUUGUUGGCUGCCCUUGGGUAG